CUCAAGUGGCUCCCAGUCGCACCAGGCAGUCCGGACGCUCAGCAUCACAGCCGGUGGCUUCCAUACUCGGGGUGACUAGUGUCCCCCUACUUCCCAACUGCCAGUCUUGUGCCUCUGUGCCCGAGAGGGCAGAAGAGGCCAAAGAGAAAACAUGAGCAUUCUAUUGCUUCUCCUGAGCUGUGUACUAUUUACUUUUCUGUUUGUCAUCGUGAAAAUUUGCCUUCAGAGCAGCGUUGGUGAAGUGUCAUCAAAUUCGACUUCUCUUGCGCUAGUAAGAACACCCUCUUCUACUGGGUCAACUAAGAGCAAGUCUAAUAAGAAUCUUUCAGUCAACAGCAGCUCUCAAGAUUUCGUAAUUAAUUACCCACGCAUGAUAGCCAUGCAGAAACGAAUGUUGGUAAACCUCGGGAUCGUGGAAUACAAGCUGGCUGAAUUGGAACAUCUCCUAAUCAUCAAAAGUUUAAAUGAGAGAAGAUGAUGAAAACCAACUUCCAUUUUAUUUGUUCCUUACUCAUCAUCAACAGUGGCCUUUGAGUUGGGAAGAUAUUAACUAACAAGAUUAAAAGAUGUGAAAUCCAAGAAAAUGAAAAAAUAAACAAAUGGCCUGCGGACUCAUCAAACAAAAUCUCCAAGACUAAAACAAUAAAAGUCCGUGAUUCUAAAGUAA